CGCGCUACAGCCACCUCGUACGGCCCUUCCUUCUAACACGUGGAGCCUGCCAGCGCGCCUGCACACGAUCCAUCUACACAUAUAAAGACACAUAACUAUACACGCGCAUCGUCAUGCCAUCAUGAUGUGUGUGGCUCUCACCUUCAUGGUCUAAGGCGCCUGGCCGUCGAGCACGAUGGCGGUGAUAGGGCCGAGGACGCGACGCACCUUGGCGGCCGUUCGGGGGAAUCCCUGGGCGAAGGGCGCGUCAUGAGGGACACCCGCUGCUGGCGCCUCUGUGGUACUGAUGUAGACGCGCACUACAUGCACACAACAGCAGAGCGGAUGAUCAACGACACGACAGCAUGAGGAUGUGUUGUCAGUGUGUACGCGUACCGUCCUGGUAGUUGCAUGGGGGGAUGACGAAGAAAAUGCAUGCGAUGAACGGAUCGCCAGACGUUGUCAGCACAUGCGUCUGUACACACCGCUUACUGGCCCACUCCCAUGCCAGCACAUCCGAGCACUCGUCGAGGGGCGUGUGCGGUGAUUGGGUGAUGAUGCGGUCGAGGUGGCCGCGACGUACACUCCUGACACACAUCAAUACCGGACCACAUGGCCAUUCGCCCUCUCAUUGCGUGUCUUCCAUCGGCUCACCUGUCCACCACCACUGCUGGUGAUCGGUGAAGCCGCCCACAGCCAACAUCCGAUGAGCCAGCAUCCGACGCUUCAACAUGCAACUCGCCGAUGCGUCAACGGCGCCGUCGUUGACACCAAUCGUCACCCACCCCACACCAUUGUCCCACUUCAUGCGACAGCAGACUGGCGGGUCGUGUGGCUUGGCGUGGUGGGUGAAGGGGUGCUGCGAGAAGGGAUGGACGGGGCGGUUGGGGCGGGGGAGGGGCAGGCUGAGGGUGAUGGCGAAGUUGGGCUCGUUGCGGAUGACGCGAAUCUCGUUGUUGUUGUGGCGGAACAGCUGAGUGCGCCGUCUUGCUGGCCAUUGGGACGGCGGAAGGCCACAUUGCGGCCGACGAGCAUCCACUGCGCACAGAAACGGGGCAGCGCCAAGAAAUCCUGCAGCCAACACACACACAUCCAGCAGCUCACCCAUUGCCUCUUCUGUGUGUCGUGCUUACCGCCUUGGUGGGGUGUGUCUGCAGGUCUCCAGCCCCCACAGUGAUCGGCAGCUGGCAAUAGCCGAAAUGCUCACCGAAUCUGAGUGUCUCCGCCACCUCCCCCCAGCCGCCCUCGCCCCCCUCCUCCACCACCCACAUGGCCUUCAUCACAUCGCCGUGGCUCAGCUGAUUGUCGAACUGCACCAGACCACCCACCCUCGCCACCUCGAUGGCCUUCGGCAGCCGAAUACGGCGGAUGAUGGGCCGCAGAGCGUUUCUGAUGGGGCGGGCUGUCGCCUUGAGGUGGGCGACCGUGAUGAGGUCAGACAGUGCGGUGAUGUUGCUCAUGGGUCCGGCAGGGAUGUCAGUCAGGUGCAACCGUCGCGCCUGAUGACACACACAAAGAAGGACACACACAGCACAUAAGAGGUGCACAACACACCACAUCAGUGUGGGUCUUGUGUUUGUGCCUGCCUGUGGUCACUCCCUUGCUGACCUGUGUGCGGCGAUGUCUUGUGAGUGCGAUGGUCGAGUUAAUAGUCUCUGCCAACUCGGCCAGCAGCUCGGACACAGCAGCAAACUGACGACUCACCUUGUCCACCAUCUGACGAAUGAAUCAACACGACGAGAGCACCAUGACACAGAGGUCUUUGUGGUGUGGUGUGGUUGUCAGUGUGCUGCUUCGCAGCCUGCCGCACCAGUGGUGUCAUCGAAGCUGCGGUGUCCAUCUGCAGGAGUUGAUCAAUGCAGCUGUUGACCUGCACACACACACACACACACACAAGCAAGCAGCCGAUGAGCUUUGGAUGCACUGCAUGGAAUGGACGAGUUGGUAUGUGUGUUGGUCAGCUGAUACCUGAGCCUGCUUCAGCCGAUAGCCUUGAACCUGCGGCAGCAGCUGCGCUCGUAUCAUCUGCACCAAACCGGACAACAAACCACACAGACAGCACAACUGGUUCACGUCAAUGAUGUAGGUGAUUUGUUUGGCCUGCAGCUCCCUCUUCUCUCACCUGGGCGGCGGCAAUGGCAGCCAU